AUGUCCCCCGCUGUUACGCGAGCCAUAGCAGCAACCGCCAAGAAAGUCUCUACGGCCGACUCUGGUUCGCCAUCCACUCCAAGCGCGGAUUUCAUCUCGAUAGACGACGGCCGCCGUAGCUCCACUCCCUCUACUGCACGCCAACCGUUUGUGCCGAAACGCAAACCCAACAAACCUACUCCUUACGCCUAUCUCCUUUCUGAGGCAAGCGCCAGUGUCGACUGCCUGCCAAACCCAACUCCAGCCCGAGGAAAUAGCUUACUGAUCAACAGUGGACACCAUCUCAACGUGCCUGCCCGUCCUGCGUCUGCGCUUGAAACUCAUUUGUACCCCUCGCCACCAAAUACCUCGUUGACUCAUUCGCCGUCACCUCACCACUCACUUGCAGCAUCUCAACGUCCAACACCGAUUCCUCGAACGACUCGAUCCUCCUCACGCAGCUUUGGCUUGCAGAGUGUCGGAAUCCCUCCUUCGAGCGCGCCCUGUUCAGCUGCCACAACACCAGUGCUCCAGACUCGGUCCGCAUUCGCUACGACAGAUUCUGAAAUCCGAAAACCCCCGGUGCAGACCAGACCUCGAUCACACACUCCCACUACCAUGACAGCACACACCGCAGCCACUCCUGCCAUGCCCAGAAUCAAAGCUGCUGUUUCUGCCGAUGUGGCCGCUCGCAUUCGGUCGCCCAAGAAGCAUGCUUCUACCUCGGCGCUGAGGGCAACCGCCAAUCAAAGCACGCCUUUCAGUAGCAGCGGAAGCGGAGGAGGCAUAAAGCCCGCUCACCCACUGCAACAGGCAACAGAGGCGUAUGCAUAUUCGUCAUCCACUUGGCAGCAGCACACUGAAAGCAGCAAGGAUGAGGCGGAUCAGAACGGCGACAGCUCGUUUGUCUACGAAGCGGAUGCUAAUAAUGAAAAUGCCCACACAGAGGCAACCGGACUCGAGACGGUUCAGGUGCACGUCCGACUGCGUCCUCCGAAACACGGCGAAGAUUGCGCAUGGGUAGCCAAUCCGUAUACCGGCACCGUCGCUCUCGAAGCAGCCAUCGCAACCGGACGGACGCAGAGUGCCAGCUUGGGACCAUUUACGUUUGACGGCAUUCAAACAGGCUCGGCCAAUCGUCCUGUUUACGUCUCGGUUGCGCGUCCGCUCGUACGUGCCGCACUCGACGGCUACGACGCCGUUGUGUUUGCCUACGGUCAGACCGCCUCUGGCAAGACCUUUACGCUAUCGGGAGACGAAAAGGGGCAAGAGGCAGGCAUUAUUCCGCGCGCGGUUCGCGAUAUUUUCCGCGGCAUCAGGCAAAGCUCUGCACGUCGAGAGUAUCUUUUACGUGCCAGCUACCUGGAAAUUUGGAACGAAGUGGUCAAAGAUCUUCUUGAACCGAGCAAUGUGCCUCAAGUUCGAGACGACAAGCGCCGACGCGGCGGCAAGGGUACAACGGUGCAGCCGCUACGAGAAGAGAUUGUCACGAGUCCAGCCCAGGUGAGGGAGCUGCUAGCGCGUGGUCAAGCGAACCGACACGUUGGAGCUACGGACUGGAACGAACGAAGCAGUCGAUCGCACACGUGCUUUAAGAUCACCAUUGAGUCGUGGGAACGUGAUCAAGAUCAACGCAGUGCUGGAGCAGAUGCUGCAGAAACGAGAUACGGUAAAAAGGUGAGUGUCUCGGAACUGUGCCUCAUCGACCUGGCAGGCAGCGAGAAAUAUGUCUCACAAGGAUCGGACCGUCGCGCGGAAGGUGCGCAUAUCAAUAAGUCGCUUCUCACGCUAGGAAAAGUCAUCUAUGCCUUAUCGGAGAAAUCCGGUAGCACUGGUGUGCACAUUCCCUAUCGAGAUUCCAAACUCACUCGAAUCCUGCAGAACUCGCUGUCCGGAAACGCACGCGUCGCGGUAGUCUGUACGAUCAAUCCCAACCCUUCGGCCGUAGAUGAGAGUCUGUCGACUCUCAACUUUGCCAAGCGCAUCAAGAAGGUGGGGCUGAAUGCGAAGAGAAACGAGGUCGACGGCACGCUCGGUGGCGGAAUUGGCGCCGAAGCACAAGCUCUCAUCUUGCGAUAUCAGACCGAAGCGGACGCACUGCGAAAGAUGGUUGACGAGCUUCAAAGGAAUCCGCAAAAGCACAGCCAAGUGGUUGAAGUGGAAGAUGACCGCAUCCGCGAGCUGCAAGAGCGGCUCGAUGUGAUCGGCUCCCUGGUCGUACGCGGUGGACGUUGCACCGAGGGCGCUUCUGCCGACGUUUCAGAGGAUGAAGACCUUUCAACCACGCAAGCUUCCCAAAUCGCCUCCAACAGCAGCACCGGCUACAACUCGACCACGCCCGCCACUUCUCGCUCUACUUCUACCUCGUCCUCCACCAAUUUCGCUCGACCUGUAUCGCCUGUCAAGCGAUCUUACAACUUCGGGUUUGAUGAUCCGCCGCACUUGCUUGCGGAGAAACUGUUCCUGGCCAACCGAAAAAUCGAAAGCCUGUCUAGAAAGCUGGCUUCUCGUCCAUCGCUUCCCUCGACGCGGUCUGGACAGGUGGAGCUCAUCUCGUCGUUGCAACAACAGGUACGCGAACUGGAAGCGGCAUGCGAAGCACAAGCUACCGACGCACCACCCAAGAUCCGCGAAGACGUCGAACGAGAGUAUGCCAGUAGAUUGAACGACAUGUCAGCCAAGCUCGAGGAAAAAGAUUUAUUCAUCAAGGAGCUCCAGGAGGAAGGAGUGCGACUGCGCCGCGCCAAUGAAAAGCUCAUGGAACUGGCACAUCGACAGACCCAGGAUAUGGUAGAGAAUCUGUCUCCUUCUCGAAAGGCUUCUCCCUUGAAAGAUGCCAGUAACAGUACCAGUCCGAGCAGGAGACGUGUGGCUGGGGGCGCAUCGCCAAACAAGCUUCGACCAAUGAGCUUGUUCAAUCCGCCCUCGACCAUGGUGGAUUUCAGUGUGCUCAAAAGCACACAGCAACAGUCCAACGGGCAUACGAUGGGCUUCACGCUACCACCGCCAUCAGCACGUGGCGUGCCCAGUCGCAGGUCCAUCAGCAACGACUAUACGCUGCUCCAAAUGGACACGAGUGAAAUCGAGGAUGAGAUCGUGCAGAAGUCGUCCAGAAUUCCGGCUAGCGAGACAUUUGCUGUAUUCCCAAAGUAG